AUGUCGGCUGAAUCAGGCUGCUCACAAAAAUGCGUGAAUCACCCGGGAAGUUACGAAUGCACUUGUGAUCCCGGAUUCUACCGCCUUGCACACAACAACAAGACUUGUAUUCGUAAUGACAAAGAUCCGAUGUGGCUGUUCUUCGCACAUGGGCAAUCCAUCUGGAAUAUUUCACUCGGUGGAGGUUCAUUCGAGUUGCAAAAGGCUGGUCUACAAAAAACCGCAGUGCUUGAUGUUGAUAUAAUGGAACGCCGCAUUUUCUAUGCGGAUGUUGGGUCGAAUUCGAUUGAGAGGCUCGACUUGGACGGCACCUUCCCUCAGACGGUCCAGAAGUACGACGUGGACGGUCUUGAAGGAAUUGCAGUCGAUUGGAUCGGACGCAAUCUUUACAGUCUGAGGAAGGCAGAUAUCAUUGUGCAGACACUCACUGGCCGAUAUCGACGAGCUUUGUACAAAGGAGUGAUGCGACUUCCAAGAGCAAUCGCUGUUCACCCAGCAAAAGGAAUAAUGUUCGUGACGGACUGGUCAUCGACAGCAUUCAUAGCUGCUGCCACAAUGGACGGCUCCUCAUUCAAGAAGAUCAUCACCGAACGGAUAACUUGGCCGAAUGCUGUAACCGUCGAUAUUUAUGCUGAUAAAAUAUAUUGGGCUGACGCCUACAAUGACGUUAUAGAGGUAGCCGCUCUGGACGGGUCUGGUCGCCGUACCAUCAUAUCCGACUCUGGUACCGUACCUCAUGUCUUCGCCCUUUCUAUAGCCGAUGAUCUACUUUACUGGAGUGACUGGACAUACAGGGGUCUACUACGAGCAGACAAGCUAACCGGAGACAAUGUUACGGUCGUAGCUCAAACGGCUUUGCUACCUUACGGACUGAAGAUCUUCCAUCCUUCUGUGCAGCCACACUUCCCGUCUCAAUGCGACACGCUCGGAUGUAGCCAGCUUUGCCUGCUUGGACCAAAUCGGACGGCGAAGUGUGGAUGUGGAGAAGGCUACGAACUGCACAAAAACGGAAAGAAUUGUACCAGCAACUGUGAUUCUAAUCACAUUGAGUGCGGCGGAACAGAGGCCAAAUGCGUAUCAAUGCUGUAUCUCUGUGACGGUAUCUCCCAUUGCCAGAGCCAUGCCGACGAAACUAACUGCCCGCCUCGCAUAUGUCUUCCGGGACAAUUCCAAUGUCACGACAAUAAGAAGUGUGUAGCUCCGGGAGGUCUGUGCGAUGGAGUAGAGGACUGCUGGGAUGCGUCCGACGAGAAGUACUGCACAGGCUCAUUCCGAGCUAACAGCCCCAACUCUAAAGUGAAUGAAAUGGCUGCCUAA